AUGCCUAAAGUCUACAGUUACCAAGAAGUUGCCGAGCACAAUGGCCCAGAAAAUUUCUGGAUUAUCAUCGAUGACAAAGUUUACGAUGUUUCUCAAUUCAAAGAUGAACAUCCAGGUGGUGACGAGAUUAUAAUGGAUUUGGGUGGCCAAGACGCCACAGAAAGCUUUGUUGAUAUUGGUCAUUCUGACGAAGCAUUGAGACUACUUAAAGAUUUGUACAUUGGUGACGUUGAUAAGACCAGUGAGCCCGUUUCUGUGGAAAAAAUGUCUACUUCUGAAAACCAAAGUAAAGGUAGCGGUACAUUAGUUGUCAUUUUGGCCAUUUUAAUGCUAGGUGUUGCUUAUUAUUUGUUGAACGAAUAA